CCCAUUUCAGUGUUAAGAAUUCCGACGGUACCUGAAGGCGGCACUCGGAGCUUGAACGCUUGCAAGAUGCUAAAGGAUAAAAAACAUCUGUGUGAAUAAUAACACGCCUUCAAAAACUCUGCAAAACACAGCCGACUCAUAAUGGAGGAAGAAGCUAAGAUGCGGACCAGAUGUCAUCUCUUGGACUUGCCUUGGGAGGAUGUGCUUGUUCCACAUAUUUUAUGCUACCUGCCUCUGCAACACCUCGUCAGCCUGCAGAGGGUGAGCAAGCAGUUCCACAGCCUCAUCCAGGUGUACCUGGCCAACUGCAGGGUUUUUGAUCUGUCCUCGGUCGGACCGUCCAUUCCCAAAGAGGCGUUCUGCUCCAUGUUGAAGGACAACAAAGUUCUCCAUAGCCUCUCCCUUCAAAACUGCUCAGACUGGGUGACAGACAAGGAGUUGCUGCCAGUUAUCGGGCAGAACCAGCAUCUGCAGAGAGCCGACAUGAGCGGGUGCGUUUGGCUCACCCGCCACUCCCUGGUGGCCGUGUCCUUGAGCUGCAUGCACCUGCAGCACCUCGGCCUGGCGCACUGCGAGUGGGUGGACAGCCUGUCCCUGCGCAGCCUGGCUGACCACUGCGGGGGGCUGCAGUCGAUCGACCUCACCGCCUGCCGCCAGCUCAAGGACGACGCCAUCUGCUACCUCGCCAAGAAGUGUUUGAAGUUGAGGUCUCUGUCGUUGGCAGUCAACGCCAACGUCACUGAUGAGUCGGUGGAGGAGGUGGCCAAGAACUGCAGGGGCCUGGAGCAGCUGGACCUGACAGGUUGCCUGCGGGUCAGGAACCAGUCCAUCAGGACUCUUGCAGAGUACUGCCCGAAGCUGCAGUCCCUGAAGGUGAAUCACUGUCACAAUGUGACAGAGUCAAGCCUGGAUCCUCUACGAAAGCGCAAUGUAGUGAUAGAUGUUGAGCCGCCUUUACAGAGAGCUCUGGUACUUCUUCAGGACGUGCUGGGGUUUGCUCCCUUUAUCAAUCUCCAGAUAUAACCAAAAGGGCCAUCUGUCUGUCCAGCAAGAGCACACAGGUGUCUUCAUCAAAGCGGUCGCUCUCAGUUGCGUCACAAGGACACGCAAGUUUCUCCAAGACACAUCGAGACAAUCCAAGAAGACCUGGAUGUUUUACACUAAAGUUUAUGCGCGGACAAAAAAACUCAUUGGGAUGUGAUCGAAGACGCAUAUUUAAGACGUAACUGUGACUGAAAGCCAUGUACUUGUUAAGACUUUGUUGCCUCAUGUCCAAAAGAUCUCACUGCACUAUUUGUUAAUCAUUCAGUGUGAUGUAUGUGUCAUAAUGUGGCUUUGUAGAAGAGCAUGUGUUGUUUUUGUUUUUGUUUGUUUAGUUUUUUUUAAACAAUGUACACAUUUUGCUUUGUGCAUAUGAGAUUUUAAGAAACAAUUAUCUUAUGUUUCCUUUAGAAACAUUGAAAAAAAUGUUUAAGUUUAAUUGAACAUUUCACUUUGCAUGUAUGUGCCAACUUAAAAAGUUCAAUUCAACAUAUCGCACAAAAACAUUUAACUUACUUAGCACUGCGUAGUGUUUGGGUUUAAUUGUCCCGGUUUUAUUAUCUCCACUACUGAGUCUUAUGCUGCCACCGCAAUUCAAUAACGGUGAAUGCAAUUUUGUUUGUGGUGCUGACCAUGCGUCUUCCAGAAACAAUGUCCUGGCUCCUCAGGAUAAUCCACAGACCUCAUGUUCAACAGUUUGUAAAUACUUCCCAGUGAAAACUGUUGACCAGCUUUGUUGCUUUCAGUAGUUAUUACACCAAAACUAUCUGCAUGGCCAGCAGAGUUAGAGAGAUUAGUGGGAAAAUGUUUAUAUAUACAUAUAAUAUUUGUGAUGUGGGUGAAGCAGCCUUUUAAUCCACACUGUUAAUAAAUGCAUACUUGUAUAGCCUAGUAUUUGUUUGAAAUAAGUAUAGGAAUUUAUUAUGACUGUUUCUCAUUGAACCCUUAAAAUGAGUUUUGUAAAAAGUGUUAAAAUGCUGUUGCUCAGUAAUACAGUAUGUGAAUUAUAUUAAAUUGUAAAUAAAAUACAAUGU